AGAAUUUCAACGAUUUAAUUUUGGAUUUCUAUAUUUCUGUAACUCUGAUCAAUUCCAUUUCCACUUCGGCGUGCGACCUUUGUGACACAUCAGUCCGACAGUAGGCCACAACUUCUUUGUAAACAAUUCAAAAUCUAUUUCAGCCUGAUUGUCUAAUUCCCCAUAAAAUCCUGGCCUUCCUUUCUCCGGAUUGCGCUUUGAAAUCGCUCAGAUUUUAGUACAACGGCAUUCGAGACGCUGUGACCUAGUCGCAUCAAAAUUAAAGCCUCAUCAACCCCUCCCCCUCCUUGUCGGAGCGCUACACACAAAAGUUCACCAGCCAGGAUUAAAACUACCUAAGAAACUUUUAUCCAACCGGCGCUUCCAUUGUUGACAUCUCCCGUGUUUCGUAGAAGCAUCGGUUUUUGUUUCAACCUAGGUACUCUAGUAACCGUUGCAAUCAAAUCACAAGAUCCUCAUUUGUACUCCCCCAACAACAAUGGCUACCAUCACGGGGAGCAGACCGGCCGGCACGGCUCUGUCUAAUAAGCAGGAACCCGCGCCAUCUUCCCAUCAAUACACUUGCAACACGUGCCAAGUAGCCUUCCGCUUUGCUGAUACCCAGAAAGGUCACAUGAAGAGUGAUUGGCAUCGAUACAACCUUAAGCGUCGCGUUGCGUCACUGCCUCCAAUUGCAUCUGAGGUCUUCACUGAAAAGGUCCUACAAGCCCGUGCUGCGACCAGCGCGGAAGCCGACCGUGCCGGAUUUCAACAAAUUUGCGAGGUCUGUCAACGGACUUACUAUAGCGAGAACUCUUUCCGAAAUCAUAUUUCGAGUCAGAAACAUAAGGCACGAGAGGCAGCGGUGCAAAACCGGGGAUCCAAUCACGAUGAUGCUAGUUCCGUUAUGAGCUCUACCUUCUCUCUCGGCGACCCUGUGCCUUCAAAUAAUAGCGAAGUCGAUUCUGUUGCUAAAGAUGAGUUCAACGAAGUAGUUGAAGGUAUUCAAAAGGCUAGUUUAACAGAACGUCCUUCCCCAGUCAAGCGCCCAUCAAAUCCCCAUCCUUCAGCCGAGGCGCAGCACAAGAGAGAACAUCCCGUGUCGGAAGAUCCUAGCGAGGCUAUAUCUGGCACUUCAACACCGGUUCCGAAUCUUACGUUGAAGUCAUGCUUAUUCUGUAAUUAUGACUCACCAACCGUCCCGUUAAACGUUGUUCACAUGGAGCGCAUCCACAGCAUGUUUAUUCCCGAGAAGCAAUAUCUAGUUGAUCUAGAUGGCCUUGUUGGCGCAUUACAACAGCGGAUUCAAGAAUUCCAUGAAUGUCUGUACUGCGGGAAAGUUAAGAACAGCGCAAUUGCUGUACAAACGCAUAUGCGUGAUAAGGGUCAUUGCAAGAUACCUUAUACUUCAGAAGAUGAGCAGGUCGACAUUGGUGAUUAUUAUGACUUCAGAAGCACAUACUCAGAUGGCGAAGACUCGGAAGAUGAGUCAGUUGAUGAUGGUAAGCAGAACGGGGGAGCUAAGCUCGGGGCCAGACGAUCAGCCAAGGCUGUAGGAGAAAACGGAGACGAGAUUAUGGAAGAUGAAGGUUGGGAAACGGACAGCUCUACUUCGUCUUGCAAGUCUGAAGAUUUGGGACCUAUUCCCGUUGAUCACCAUUAUCGGCAGUACGAACGGCUCGAGAAGCAUCCUCACCACUCAUCUCACGAUCCGCGACACCACCAUCAAAUGGAUGGAUGGCACUCGCAUGCUCACAAACAUCAUCGUGCCAUUUUUUACGAUGAUACCGAGCUACAUCUUCCUUCAGGUCGUGCGGUGGGCCACCGAUCUCUGGCUAAGUAUUAUCGUCAGAACCUACACAACCACCCUUCAGCCGAGGAACGUGCGGAGAGACUUGCUAUUGAAGCAGCUUCAUCUGAGGGUGAUGCCAUGGAAGUUGACGAUGAUGCUAAGAACGGCAACGGCAACGGCAACGGCCAGGUUUCUCGACGUGAAGGUCGCGGGCGUAACGGUGCCGUUGUAAGCCGAGCGAAUGGUGGAAUUGGUAUGUUAGGAGUGACAGACCAGAAGAAGAAGGAAGUGGCUCGUGCCGAACAGAGAAGCCGUAAGCAAGAGCAUAAGGCGGCGAGACAAAAGGAGUGGGCACUUAGCAAGCAGGCUAACCACCAGAAAUAUUACAACUACCAGAUCUUGUAAAGUUUUACACAAGAUAUGGAGUUUCCCGGCGUGCAGCUCAGGAACUGGAGUGUUGCCGUCAUCAACAAUUGCAAGGGUAGUCUAGUCCGACUGCAAAUUUAGCUUGGCAGACCGAACUAGUCGGUAUAUAGAACAUGCAGUUGACAAUAAAAUAAAAACAACGUUGCGUUUAUAA